AUGCACCAUAUCCUUAUCGUCGGCGGCGGCCCAGCUGGCUCCAGCACAGCAUUCUGGCUCGCCAAAUCUGGUUUCAAAGUCACAGUAGCCGAACGCUCAACCGUAGCGCCUUAUGGUCAAGGCAUUGACAUCACUGAUGAAGCCGUUGAUGUGGUGAAAAAGAUGGGGCUAUGGGAUGAGAUCAAAGCCAACACGACCGGAGAGAGUGGAUUCGCCAUGGUUGACGAUGUAGGAACAGAGAUUGGAAGCGUAGGCACUAACCCUGCGGAAGAGGGGAAGAUGGUAUUGUCACCAACGAACGAGAUUGAGAUUAUGCGUGGGACUUUGACCAACAUCUUUGCGGAUGCUGCAAAGAAGCAGGGCGCUGAGUAUAGAUAUGGAUGCACAAUAACGAACAUUCAACAAAGCGACAACUCCGUAACAGCAACACUCUCAGACACGGACGAGCCGGAAAAAUUCACCGCUAUAAUCGGUGCGGACGGUGUAGCAUCUCGAGUUCGCAACCUUACUUUCGACAAGUCAGCAACCGAAGACUGCUUCAAGCAGACCGACACCUUCGUUGCCUACUUCUCCAUGGAGGUUGACCCUGCAGACCAGAAGACCUACUCGGUCCUACAGCACGCCAACAAAGGUCGUGUAAUCUGGGUCCGACCGAUCGAUAGAACAGGAUCUCGGGUCUCAGGCUACCUUAUGGUCACCACAACUGAAAGCGCAGAGCUUCAGAAAGUAGCAAGACAUGGAACAGUGCAGGAGCAGAAAGUCCUCCUGGAGAAUAUGUUCGCCAAUAUCGGUGGGUUGAGGGAGAAGGUGGUACAAGGCAUGAACGACUCUGAAGAUUUCUAUUUCACGAGAGUCGUGCAAGUCAAACUCGAUGCAUGGCAUAGAGGUCGUUGUGCAUUGGUGGGAGAUGCAGGAUAUUGUCCUUCACCUUUGACCGGCCAAGGCACAACCAUGGCUGUUCUAGGAGCAUAUUACCUAGCCGGAGAACUGACAGGUAACCCGGACGACCCCGAGGCUGCCUUCACAAACUACAGGAAGAAAUUCGAAGGCUUCGUGCAAGAGAACGGGUCCAUACCGUUGGGUGGAAGAGCACCCAAGCUUGUUUGUCCGCAGUCAGAUCUGGGUGUGUGGAUGGUAAGGUCGGUGUUCUCGACUAUGGCGCGACCGGGCUUCAAGAAAUUGCUUGCAUCCCUUCCAUCGUUAGCAAGCUUCGUACCAAGCUUCGGAGGCGGAAACAAGAAAUCUCAGUUGCCGGACUACGACUGGCAAGUGCGAUGA